UGGCGUGUGAUAUGGUUUUCUCAUGUCAGGUACCAAAGAGCUCAUUGUCAAAUUAAAUGUUGAAUUUUGCAUUUUAAAACUUACUGCCAGUGCUCGUACCGUGCCACAUGGAAACCAACUCGCUUUGCUGUUGCCUCCGGUUAUGAAUUCAGAGCAGCCAAACUGUCAAAUGCCGGUUUAACUUGGCGUGGACGCCUAUUAGCUAACAGCACAAGUUUCCCCCAAGUAGAUGCCAGCGGUCGGUCUGCGGUCCUGACACGAUGCUUCCCCGGGCGGGUAAAGAGUUUCUGGUCCGCAUAUCGUUCUACUGGAAGCCGUUUUUCCAGGGCAGGUACCUGCUGGUCACCAACACCCUGAGCGGAGGAGGCAUGCUGGCGCUGGGAGACUUCCUCCAGCAGACCCGAGAGAGGCGCAGGGAGCCGGGGAGAGCCCGGGACUGGAGGCGGACAGGUCGCAUGUUUGCGGUGGGCUGCUCCAUGGGGCCGGUGCUGCACUACUGGUACAACUGGCUGGACAAAGUGUACGUGGGCAAAGCUCUGAAAACGGUGGGCAAGAAGGUUAUGGUGGACCAGCUGGUGGCCUCGCCGACGCUCGGCAUGUGGUAUUUUCUAGGUAUGGGUCUCAUGGAGGGACACACUUUAUCAGAAGGAUGGGAGGAGUUCAAAGAUAAAUUCUGGGAAUUUUAUAAGGCUGACUGGUGUGUUUGGCCCGCUGCUCAGAUGAUCAACUUCUAUUUCCUGUCACCCAAAUUCCGCGUCCUGUACGUCAACACCAUCACCUUGGGGUGGGACACCUACCUCUCAUACCUCAAACACAGAGAUGACAGAAACCCAGCUGACUUGGUUUCAGACUGCAGUACUGUGGACAAACACCAGGAGGCACUGCAGCCAAACAAGCCUGUGGAGGAGAAAGUUUAAACAGGCUUCAGGCUGAAAGUGAAGUCCACUUGUAAACUAUAAACUGUAUGGCGCUCAAGUUGUUUGCCAAAGGCCAAAGGCAAUCACUCUCUUUGAUGAAUCUGCGAGUUUGACAAUUCAUGUAAAAGACAUGAGCUGUAGAGUCGCUGAGCGGAGAGUAUAAAUCUGCUUUGUCUUCAUAUCUGAGUUUAACGUGCUGCUGUUGCAAAACACUUUACCUUCCUCACUGCAGCAUUUUCUGUGUCAUUGUCCUGUUUGUUUAUUUAUGUCUGAAUGCUUUGUCCUAUUGUGUGACUCCCAUUAAAUAAGUUCAGGGAUUAAAAGCUGUUGUACUGCCUGAUGUGCUGAUAUCUCUGAUGCUGUUCCACAGCAGAAUCAUGGCAGGUGGAUAACAUUCACUGGUUGUGUUUCUUCAGAUGCCUGUGAAACUUGAAACUUUGAUUGAAGUUUUUAAACAAUUUUUUGAGGCAUUUUUGUUUUUUUGUGUGAACAAAGCUGAAUGAUUAAUCAUUCUUUGUAUGAGACAGCUCUCACCUAUAACUUUCCAUAGGGAAUGUCAGUUGCUGCAUGUUAUUUUUUUUUAAAUGUAAUAUGUUUUAAUUUUGCCUUAAUAUAUGCUCCAGUACUGCAUGAUUGUAUUCAGGUUGAAUAAUUCCUACAUGGUCUUCAGUUUGUCCCUUUAAAGUUGCUAUAAAAGGUGAUUGCAUGAUCCUGAUUUUCUCUCUACAAUGGAACUAUAUCAGUUAAUCAAUUGUGAUCAUAUUUGUUUUUUUUUUUUGUUUUUUUUUUUAGAUGUUUUCUUUUACCAUAAGAAUCCUUAAAGCUGUAUAUACUUGUAUAUACUUUUGGAGAGGUGGGGGAAUUCGUCCAAACACCAGCUGCUGACAGAGUCAGUGAUUAAGUCAGUUGUUUUAAAGCAGUUAUCCUGAUUGAGUGAGGAUGUGAAUGUAGCCUGUUUUAAAACAGUACAAUAGUGAGUACGAAAUUUGACAUCAAACAUUCAGCUAAAGCCAUUUUGCCAGCACCUUAGAUUAAUGGAAUUAAUGGAUUUGUAUAAUGUGACAAAAAUCCCACUGAAAGCCUGAUGACAUUAAAGUGGUGACCUGUCA